GAGAGAGAGAGAGAGAGUGUGUGUGUGUGUGUGUGUGUGUUGCCUGAAUUCGGUCCGGGUUCGGGUUUUUUUCCUCGCAGUCUGAGUUGAUUAAUAUAAAAACUAAUCAGCUAUGAGUGAGUAUUUCUCUCUGGAGGACUGCGAUGUGAUCGGCUUCGAUCUGGAUCACACACUGUGCCGGUACCAUCUGAAGGAGACCUGCAUGCUAAUAUAUGAGAGUUUUGCUCGAUAUCUGGUGGAACAUAAAGGCUACGAUAAAGAUCUUCUGAAUGUGACUCCAGACACCUGGGACUUCUGUUUUAAAGGCCUGGUGGUGGAUUUAGAGGAAGGAAACCUGAUCAAACUUGCCGAGGAUGGAACAGUGCUACGUGCGACUCAUGGAACACGGAACCUGAGCACAGAGGAGAUCAUAAAGCACUACGGCCCAAAAAGAGAAUGGAAACAUUUCAACAACCUCAACACCUCAUUCACACGAUCUGCUAAAUAUUACUUUUACGAUAACUACUUUGACCUUCCGGGAGCUCUGCUCUGUGCUCGGGUGGUGGACAUGCUGAACAAGAAAGGAAAGGAAGUUACACCAGACUUUUGGAAGGACAUGGUGGCCGCCAUCGAUCACAACUACAACACGUCUGCGUUCAGAGAGGACUCUGGGUGGUACUUCCCUAGUGUGAAACGUGAUACAGAGCGAUAUCUACAGUCAUGUCCUGAAUCAGUGUGUCAAUGGCUGAGGAACCUGAAAGAAAGUGGGAAGGUCCUGCUGCUCAUCACCAGCUCACACUCUGACUACUGCAGACUGGUGUGUGAACACAUCCUGGGGAAGGAUUUUGAGGAUCUUUUUGACGUGAUCAUCACUAAUGCACUGAAGCCAGGCUUCUUCUCUCUACUACCACACCAGAGACCCUUCAGGACCCUUGUGAGUGAUGUGGAGAGUGGGGCGGGGCUGUCCUGUCUGGAGAAGCGUGGUUGGUUCUCUCAGGGAAACUGGCCACACCUACACAACCUGCUCAAAUCCCUAACCAGCAAACAGCAGCCCAAGGUGGUGUAUUUCGGGGACAGUAUGCGCUCUGACAUGUUUCCAGUGUCCACGUUUGCGAAGUGGGAGACUGUUAUGAUACUAGAGGAGAUGGAGGGGGAGGGUAUAACCACAGAGAAACACCAGCUCUCCGCCUCCAAUCAAAGCUCCGCCUCCAAUCAGGGUCCUGCAGAGAAGAAAGGAAAGUUUGAGGAGUGUAUGAAGGCCCCGUCGGCUGUGUCUCAGCAGUGGGGCUCAUAUUUUGUGGACGUACAGAUAGAUGAAGCUGGUCAGGAACACCUCACACUGACAUGGUGCUGCAGCUCCAUCCACAAGUACAGCAGUGUGGCUAUACCCAGUGUGGAAAGUAUAGCAGCUCUUCCUCUGAAUUUCCAGUUUAAACGUUUCUCCAGUGCUCAGUCCUGCACGAGGGGUUAUUACCCAUCACCCCCCCACUCGUUACAGAAGAGGGCGGAGUCCUGAGUUAUACAAUGGUGUGUGUGUGUGUGUGUAUAUGUAGUGUGCUGUUGAGUGUAACUGUACAAUAAUUAUAUUUCAUUCACAGUGCCAGUAAACCUCCAUACUGUAAUCACACUGAAUGCGUGUGUGUGUGUGUGUGUGUGUGUGUGUGUGUGUGUGUGUGUGUGUGUGUGUGAUUUAUUCUGUUAUUCUGUGAAAAGUGUGUUGUUCAUUACAUUACAAUCAUUAGGUGUUAUAUUGUCUAAAGUGUUUUGUAAAAGUGUUUGUGUUUAUUUUCUAACUGAAGCCGUGUGUGUG